AAAAGAAAGGGUCUCUACGGUCCCCCUCCACAGCGGCGCCGUGCCUCAGGCGCAUGCGCCCAUUGUUGCCCCACCCCUGGCCUAAGCCCCGCCCCCGUUGCCUCCCGAAGCCCCGCCCCAAUCAAGCAAAGUCCUGAAGAGCGGAGCAGGCUCCGAAGAGGGACCGAAGUCUGGAGCUGCAUUCAUAUCCGUUGGAAGAGGCUGCCAGGAAGGAUGUUCUCGUCGGUGAAGCCAUAUGAAAACCAGCGGUACUCUGCCUUAAAGAGAGACUGCCAGCGGAGGAAAAUACUUUUUGAGGACCCAUUGUUCCCAGCCAAUGAUGACUCCCUCUUCUACAAAUCACGGAUUCAGGGUGUCCAGUGGAAACGACCCAAGGACAUCUGUGAAGAUCCCCACCUCUUUGUGGAUGGAAUCAGCUCUCACGACUUGCACCAGGGCCAAGUGGGAAACUGCUGGUUUGUGGCUGCCUGCUCCUCCCUAGCAUCGAGAGAAGCCUUGUGGCAAAAGGUCAUCCCGGACUGGAAGGAGCAAGAGUGGUCAACCGAGAAGCCAGAGAACUACACCGGGAUUUUCCACUUCGAGUUCUGGCGGUUUGGUGACUGGGUGGACGUGGUGAUUGACGACCGGCUGCCAACGCUCCACAACCAGCUUAUCUAUUGCCACUCCAACUCCAGGAAUGAAUUGUGGUGCGCGCUGGUGGAAAAAGCCUAUGCCAAACUCUCGGGAUGCUAUGAAGCCCUCGAUGGAGGCAACACAGCUGAUGCCUUAGUGGAUUUCACUGGCGGUGUCUCAGAACCCAUUGACCUGUUAGAAGGAGGCUAUGCAAACGACGAAGCCAAGCGAAGUGCCCUCUUCGAGCGGGUUUUGAAGGUCUAUAACCGGGGAGGUCUCAUCAGCUGUUCCAUAAAAGCCACCUCAGCCACCGACAUGGAAGCCCGCCUGGAUUGCGGCCUGGUCAAAGGGCAUGCCUACGCAGUCACAGAUGUGAGGAAAGUCCGCAUAGGCCACGGGCUGUUGGCCUUCUUCAAGUCAGAAAAGCUGGAUAUGAUCAGGUUGAGGAACCCCUGGGGGGAGAGAGAAUGGAACGGCCCAUGGAGUGACACCUCUGAGGAAUGGCAGAAAGUGAGCAGUAGUGAGCGGGAGAAGCUGGGAAUGACUGUGCAAGAUGAUGGGGAAUUUUGGAUGACAUUUGAAGACUUCUGCAAAUACUUCACUGACAUCAUCAAGUGCCGUCUCAUCAACACGUCUUACCUGAGCAUCCAUAAGACCUGGGAGGAGGUGGUCUUGCGGGGUGUGUGGAUGAAACAUGAGGAUCCCUUGAAGAACCGCUGCGGAGGCUGUAUCAAUAACAGAGAGACCUUCUUGCAGAACCCACAGUAUGUUUUUGAUGUGAAGAAAACAGAAGACGAAGUCCUCUUUUGCAUCCAACAGAAGCCCAAAAAGACCAAUCGAAAGGAAGGCAAGGGGGAGAACUUAGCGAUCGGAUUUGACAUCUUUAAGGUGGAACUGAAUCGGAUCUUCCGGAUGCACACUCUGCAGUCCAAAGUAGCCAGCUCCAUCUACAUUAAUUCCCGCAUUGUCUUCCUGAGGACGGACCUGAAAGAAGGGCGCUAUGUCAUCAUCCCAACCACCUUUGAGGCUGGCCAUGUGGGCGAAUUCCUUCUCAGGGUGUUCACAGACGUGCCUUCUGAUUGCCAAGAGCUGAUCCUGGAUGAACCCCCUCACACCUGCUGGAGUGGGAUGUGCGGCUAUCCACAGCUGGUGUCGCAAGUCCACGUCAUCUCGGCUUCUGGGUUGAAGAACCAGGACUCCCAAGAAGGAGUGGAUCCGUACGUGAUCAUUAAAUGUGAAGGGGAGAAAAUUCGUUCGCCAGUGGUGAAGAAUGCCUUGGCGCCAGAAUUUGACGUGAAAGGCGUGUUCUACCGCAAGAAGCCAGGGCAACUGAUCAUCAUCCAGGUGUGGAAUCACAACAUUAUAACUGACGAGUUUCUGGGCCAGGUGGGACUUGCAGGCGACCCCAACGACCUUCAGUCAAUGCACAUCCUCCACCUUGAAGACAAAGGGAACAAACGAGCCAACGAACUCCCAGGAACUCUCAAGGUGCAGCUGCUCACUAGCAGUGUCCUCACUAACAUCUAAACGUCACAAGGACAAUUUCUUCCGUGCCACAUGUACAUAUAAUCUCGCAAUAUGCAGUAUAUAUGUAUAACUACACACACACACAUAUAUAUGCCUGCCACUGUACAUGUACUGUGCAUGCAUUCACUUUUAAAAGGGGACCAGCUCUCCUAUGUUCAUUUUUUAAAAAUUUUUAUACAAA